AUGGCUCGAUUUUUAUUGAUCAGCCUUGUACUCGUAGCUGCUCUGAUUGUUGGUACCAAUGCUUCCAAUUGCCAAAAAUGCAAAGGCAAAAAUGAAGAGUGGAAAAGUUGCGGAGCAUGUGACAGUACUUGUAGAAAUAAACACGUUGUCUGUCCCAAGAUAUGCAAGCAACCCGGAUCUUGUGGCUGCAAAACUGGUUAUGUAAGAAAUUCCAGAAGAAUCUGUAUCAAGGAAAAAAAUUGUCCCAAACCUAGGAUUUGUGGAAAAAAUGAAGUGUUUUACCGAUGCGGAGCAUGCGACCAGGGAUGUAAUUAUUUAGCUAAAUGUUCCACGAAGUGUAGAAAAGGAUCUUGUGGUUGUAAAAAAGGUUAUGUAAGAAAUGAAAAUAAAAUCUGUAUCAAGAAGCAAAAUUGUCCCAAGGUUUGUGGAAUAAAUGAAGAGUACAUGCCAUGCGGAGCAUGCGACCAGGGGUGUGACUACGCAGUCGAAUGUAUCCAAGGGUGUAGAGAAGGAGCUUGUGGUUGUAAAUCCGGUUACCUAAGGAGUAAUGGUACCUGUGUUUUGUCGGAAAAUUGUCCUAAAACUCCGACUUGUGGGCCAAAUCAAGAGAUCAAACAUUGUGGAGCGUGUGACGGUACUUGUAAAGUACCAAAUCCAGCCUGUACUUUUGAUUGCCGUCCACCCGAAUGUGGUUGUAUAAAGGGGUACGUGAAAAGUAGUGGUAAGUGUAUUUUGUUGAAAAAUUGUCCUAAAACCCCGACUUGUGGGCCAAAUGAAGAACUCAAAGGAUGUGGAGCAUGUGACGGCACUUGUGGAGAAAAAGAUGUGAUAUGUACCGCGGACUGUCGUCCACCUGAAUGUGGUUGUAAAUCCGGUUAUGUAAGAAGUAAUGGUAAGUGCAUUUUGUAUGAAAAAUGCCCUAAACCCCCGACUUGUGGGCCAAAUGAAGAGAUAAAAGAAUGUGGAGCAUGUGAUGGUACUUGUAAAAAAAAAGAUGUGGCCUGUACCUUGCAAUGUCGUCAACCCGAAUGUGGAUGUAAAUCCGGUUAUGUAAGAAGUAAUGGUAAGUGCAUUUUGUACGAAAAAUGUCCUAACACCCCGACUUGUGGGCCAAAUGAAGAGAUGAAAGAAUGUGGAGCGUGUGAUGGUACUUGUAAAGAAAAAGAUGUGGCCUGUACCUUGCAAUGUCGUCAACCCGAAUGUGGUUGUAAAUCCGGUUAUGUAAGGAAUAAUGGUAUCUGUAUUUUGUACGAAAAAUGUCCUAAAACCCCCACUUGUGGCCCAAAUGAAGAGAUCAAACAUUGUGGAGCGUGUGACGGUACUUGUAAAAACCCAAGUCCAGCGUGUACCAAGGAAUGUCGCCCACCCGAAUGUGGUUGUAUGAAGGGGUAUGUGAAAAAUAAUGGCAAGUGUAUUUUGUUGAAAAGUUGUCCUAAAACACCGACUUGUGGGCCAAAUGAAGAACUUAAAGAAUGUGGAGCGUGUGACGGUACUUGUGGACAAAAAGAUGUAUCCUGUACCUUGCAAUGUCGUGAACCCGAAUGUGGUUGUAAAUCCGGUUAUGUAAGGAAUAAUGGUACCUGUAUUUUGUAUAAAAGUUGUCCUAAAAACCCGAUUUGUGGACAAAAUGAAGAGUUUUACCCAUGCGGAUCAUGCGACCAGGGAUGUAACUACGCAGCCAGAUGUACCUCGGAGUGUAGAAAAGGAUCUUGUGGUUGUAAAAAAGGCUAUGUAAGAAAUGACAAGAGAAUCUGUAUCCCGCAGAAAAGUUGUCCCAAGGCUUGUGGAAUAAAUGAAGAGUACAUGCCAUGCGGAGCAUGCGACCAGGGGUGUGACUACGCAGUCGACUGUAUCCAAGGGUGUAGAAAAGGAGCUUGUGGUUGUAAGUCCGGUUACGUAAGGAGUAAUGGUACCUGUAUUUUGUCGGAAGAUUGUCCUCAAAGUCCAAGUUGUGGACAAUAUGAAGAACUCAAACCUUGCGGAGCAUGUGACGGUACUUGUAAAGAACCAAGUGUAGCGUGUACCGCGGAAUGUCGUCAACCAGAAUGUGGUUGUAUGAAGGGGUACGUAAGAAAUAAUGGAAAGUGUAUUUUGUUGAAAAAUUGUCCUAAACCUCCGACUUGUGGGCCAAAUCAAGAGAUCAAACAUUGUGGAGCGUGUGACGGUACUUGUAAAGUACCAAAUCCAGCCUGUACUUUUGAUUGCCGUCCACCCGAAUGUGGUUGUAUAAAGGGGUACGUGAAAAGUAGUGGUAAGUGUAUUUUGUUGAAAAAUUGUCCUAAAACCCCGACUUGUGGGCCAAAUGAAGAAAUCAAAGGAUGUGGAGCGUGUGACGGUACUUGCGGAGAAAAAGAUGUGAUAUGUACCGCGGACUGUCGUCCACCCGAAUGUGGUUGUAAAUCCGGUUAUGUAAGGAAUAAUGGUACCUGUAUUUUGUACAAAAGUUGUCCUAAAACCCCGAUUUGCGGGCCAAAUGAAGUACUCAGACCUUGCGGAGCGUGUGACGGUACUUGUAAAGAAAAAGAUGUGGCCUGUACCUUGCAAUGUCGUCAACCCGAAUGUGGUUGUAAAUCCGGUUAUGUAAGAAGUAAUGGUAAGUGCAUUUUGUACGAAAAAUGUCCUAAAACCCCGACUUGUGGGCCAAAUGAAGAGAUGAAAGAAUGUGGAGCUUGUGACGGUACUUGUAAAGAAAAAGAUGUCGCCUGUACCUUGCAAUGUCGUCAACCCGAAUGUGGUUGUAAAUCCGGUUAUGUAAGAAGUAAUGGUAAGUGCAUUUUGUAUGAAAAAUGCCCUAAACCCCCGACUUGUGGGCCAAAUGAAGAGAUAAAAGAAUGUGGAGCAUGUGAUGGUACUUGUAAAGAAAAAGAUGUGGCCUGUACCUUGCAAUGUCGUGAACCCGAAUGUGGUUGUAAAUCCGGUUAUGUAAGAAAUAAUGGUAAGUGCAUUUUGUACAACAAAUGUCCUAAAACCCCGACUUGUGGGCCAAAUGAAGAGAUAAAAGUAUGUGGAGCAUGUGACAAUACUUGUGAGGAAAGAAAUAUGAUGUGUACCAUGGACUGUCGUCCACCCGAAUGUGGUUGUAUGAAGGGUUACGUAAGAAAUAAUAGUACCUGUAUUUCACCGGAUUGUUGUCCGGAAAAUUCGACUUGUGGGCUAUAUGAAGAACUCAAACCUUGCGGAGCGUGUGAUGGUACUUGUAAAAAACCACAUCCGAUAUGUACUAAGAUAUGUCGUCCACCUCAAUGUGGUUGUAUGAAGGGCUACGUUAGAAACAACAAAAUGUGUGUGCCUAUGUCAGAGUGCCCUAUCAAAUAUUAUAAAUAA